ACUAUUAUUGUCAGUUACACCAUAUUUAUCUUAGUCAAAUCUACACUUAAUAAUACACAAAUUUCAAUGAGAUUAUUUAUUUUGAACACUGACCGAAACGCCACGGCUGUGCUCCGGCGAACGGACCACCACUGUAACCGUAAAAAUAUUUCGUUGGAGUGUUUCAUAAAAUACUCUGAUCUCUCUGUUUAUUGGUCGGUCCCUCCACUUGUUCCUACUCUAUAAAGUCCAGACUUACGGCGCAUAAAUUUCCAAUUCUGUCGCUCUUUCUUAUUGUCUCUGUAUCAGCACCAAGGUGCGGCCAUGGCGGUCGACCCAGAAGCCGGAGAGUUCAAGUUUUACACUCAGUUUCAGACAGAACAUGGAGAUAAUAAGCAGAGCCCCUUUGAAGGAGACAAUUGGUCGAGCUAUUUCUCGCCGGUGGAGUCUGAGAUUGGUUCCUUUGAAAUUGAGAGCGAUAAAGAUGAUGGUGACGGCGGCGACGAGGAUUACACGGCGGAAUUGAGUCGUCGGAUGGCUCAAUUCAUGCUUCAAGAUGAUGAUAACUCCUCAACUGCAAGAUUUCAAUCAGAGAUUCAGAAUAAGUCAUGGGGUUUGUCUGGUUCGCCUAUUUCAACGCUGUGGUCACCUUUAGGCUCGAGCAAUGGAAGCAGCUAUGGCAGCCCAGAAGGGCCUUCGAAGGAGCCGUCGCCGCCAACCACACCGAUGGUUGCAGAGCGGCGGGGGCUCGACAUAUCACAGAACGUUUUCACCAAAUUAGAGAAGAUGAAGAAGGUUAGCACAAAUGGUAAAUCAAUCCAAACAAGGCCCCAAGAUGAAGAAAAUGGAUCCUCUUCUUCUUCCAAAGACCAAACAAGAGCUCUCAAAAAUCAGAGGCGGAAGCAGAACCAGCAGUUUAUAAAGCAAAAAGGUUCAGCCGCCAUAAUGGCCAAGCAAGCUCAAGGAAGCUCAUCCCAAGGCAAUUCAGGGGGGAAACCAGGAGGGUUAUCAGGGACUGGUGUUUUCUUGCCCCGCCAUGUGAACUACAACCGCUCAGCCCCAUCUCCUCAGCCACCACAGCCACCAAAGAAAACAGGCUCCUCCACUGUUCUCAUACCCGUGAGAGUCUUACAAGCCUUACAACUUCACUACAACAGAAUGGACGACGAGACAAGACAAAAAAUCACAGGCUUCACAGCACUUAGAGAAGCAGCAGCGGGUGUGAGAAUAGCUACACAAACCGUUAAGAAAAGCCAACCGGUAGCGGCGGCGGCGGCAGCAGAAGCAGCAACAAGCCAAACCGACAUAGACCUUCCGCACGAAUGGACAUAUUAAUUGCUUUAAACAACUGGCGAGGGGCCAUUUCGUCUCUGGAGCACAAAUCUGAAUCUUUUUGGCAGUUUUCUAGAGAACAUGCAGCUGAUGUUUAUGGAAUGGUAAUAAAUGCCCCAAAUGGACGGAGAAGAAGACGAAAUGAAAUUACGAGUGGUGAAACGCCGUCGUUUUCUUUACUGUCUCAGGGGCAAAAACGUAAAUAAUGUUUGGCAAAAAUGGGAUUUGCUUAGAUGAAGUCCUUUUGUAAUAAUUUUGAAGCAAGGUUGUACCUCUUCAAUAAUUUUUUAAAUAAUUAAAUUA